UACCAUAAACCUACAUACGUAGGUCCAUGGUUGUACAGUCUAGGCACGUACGAUGUGUUAGGGCACGUACGACACACACAUUCGGCACGUACACGGGCGUGUAACUCUAUAGAAUAACAUCUUAUAUAGAUCUCUAUGCGUGUAACUGCUUACGCACGCAUGCACACACUCUCCCUGUCUGGAUCGAGCUGGAUGUAUUACUGUUUCGAGAAAGCAUCGACCAGCAAUGGCUGCCAUCAGUCCCUUUCAAAGAAACGUCUCACAAUUGUUAAAGUCGUCUCAUUUGGCUCUCCUCAUACUGCUGAUGGUGACUUGUCAAUCAUGCGACGGAGCACGGUUUCUCAUGCCAUCCACAGGGUUGAUACGAACAGCAAGCCACCACCUCGCACUAACCACUAUCACUCAAGAGCUGGUCCAGCGCGGCCAUGAAGUGACUCUACUGAUCAUUGACAACCAGAAUGUGGGUGGCUUUCUGCCAGAUUCCUACACAUCGAAGAUAACCUUACCAAAUUCUAUGACGGACGAGGAACUUACGGAGGCGACUUAUGCAGUGAACACCAGGGCGCAAUUGAAUAAUAAGACAUUUAUGGAGGUUAUACAGGAUCCAGGACCAUGGACUACGUUUCGUCUGCAUUCGUUUGGUUGUUUUGAGCUGUUUAAGAAUGCGGAUAUUCUGGAACAGCUUCAGCGGGAACGCUUUGAUAAACUGAUAACUUUUCCUGUCAUGGAACUAUGUGAUAUCGUUCUUGCUGCCUAUUUGGACAUACCAUAUAUCGUACUAAGCGGUACAAGAAGAGUUCCAGCUUUUCACGAAGGAAUGCUUGGUAUUCCAACUCCAGUGUCCUACGUGCCAUUCAGUUUCGCAACGCCAGAGCUGGGAGACCGCAUGACUUUUAGUCAACGCGUCAAGAAUGCGGUAAUGUUUUAUGGUGUCCACGUUAUCCUUGAGUACUUCGCAGUCUAUCGUCCAAUUAACCAAUUGCAACGUACCUACGGCAUCCGACCGGACCUGACUCCGUGGCAGAUGAUCAGCAGGGCAGAGCUAUGCUUGUGUCAUAACACCUGGGCCUUGGAAUACCCAAGACCGAUUGGUCCAAACUGGAUUCCCAUUCCAGGGCUUACCAUUAAGGAACCCAAACCACUCCCAGAGGAUCUGGAGACAUUCGUCCAAGGAUCUGGAGAACAUGGGUUCAUUGUUUUCACGUUGGGAUCAACAUCAAUGGCUCUUGGGAGUGCAGCCCUCAUCGACAUAUUUUCCAAGGUGUUCAGCGAAUUGCCACAGAGGGUCUUAUGGAGAUACGCUGGUCCUACGCCCCGUUACGUUGGCAACAACACAUUGAUUUCUGAUUGGCUUCCACAGAAUGAUCUUUUAGCUCAUCCCAAGGCUCGAAUGCUGAUCUACCACGGCGGUAGUGCAGGGAUCCAUGAGGCCGUCCAUCACGGCGUUCCGAUGCUCCUCAUGCCUAUGGGUGGUGAUCAGCCAUUAAAUUGCCAUCUGGUAGCAGCGAAAGGAAUGGGUCUCGUACUCGACCCAAACAAUUUGAACGAAGAUGAGAUCAAGACGAGUAUUAGCACCGUUCUCAAUGACGAAAGCUACCAGGUCAAUGCUAAAAGGGGUUCUGGCAUCCUUCAAGACCGCCUGGCCAGUCCGCUGGACACGGCCGUAUUCUGGAUAGAGCACGUGGUCAAGUAUGGUGGCGAUCAUCUACGUCUACGAUCUACUGAAAUGGGUUUCAUCCAGCUCAACUCACUCGACGUAGUCGCAUUUCUAGUCGUUUUAUUCUCAAUAAUAAUAUACAUUGAUUACAUAAUGAUUAGAGGGUGUUACAGAUGUGUAUGCAAAAGAACGGGGAAACAAAAAAGUGACUAAUUGUUAGACUAAACUCAUUAUCCUUUUGAUUAAUUAUCGACUGAAAUUUAAAGAAAAUAUAUAUUUCUAGACCUUGAUUUAA